CAUCCCACCUGCUCUGGCUUCUGAGACAACAUCAUCGCACAAGAUCGCGGCACUGCUCACUUUAUACGUUGCUCUGACACACUCAGCUCUGCUUCCCCGUCUGCCAGCCUAGCCUUGAUCCUCGAUCGACAGCAGGCACCUUCGUACCGACAACCAGCCCUUUGGGAGCUGAAUACAGUGCACGCUGGGGGUGGAUCUCUUCCUGGCCCGCCUCACUCAGAUACACGUGCGCUAUUCAAGGCUUUGCGAAGUCUGCAGUCAUUGGUUGGGACGGCGCCAGCCGGAAAGCUCGAGUCUGUCAAGCAAUCGUUUUGAAGCGCCAUGGCGGAAGAUGACAGAGAGACGGCAAAGCUUUGGAGAGUGAACCGAACCAUCCACGAGCUUGUCAGGGACAGAGGCUACGUCGUGUCGGACGAUGAGAUCAACAUUUCACUCGACGCCUUCAAAUCCGAAUUCGCAGCGAAUGGCCAAGUCGAUCGGAAAGCGCUCAACUUUUACGCUCAACUAGCUGAAGAUCCUUCCAUCCGAGUCUUUGUCUACUAUGCUGACGAAAGGAAUGUGGGAGUCAAGACGAUGAGGAGUUUUGUCCAAACGCUCGAAACUCAUGAUAUUACACGAGGGAUCAUUCUGUGGUCCGACAAGAUGACUGCCAGUGCCAAGAAGGUCACCGAAGCUAUGCGUCUUACUUUUACGCUUGAGGACUUUCAAGAGACUCAGCUGCUCGUCAAUAUCACGCAACACUAUCUAGUGCCUCAGCACGAAGUGAUGACAAAGGAACAGAAGGCUGAACUUUUGCAAAGAUACCGCUUGAAAGAGACACAGCUGCCCAGAAUUAGAUUGGAUGAUCCAGUGGCGAGAUACUUUGGUCUGCAGCGUGGAGAGGUAGUCAAGAUCACUCGACCUUCUGAGACGUCGGGAAGGUACUGCUCUUACCGCAUCUGUCUGACCUGAGCAGCGAGAGUUGAGGAAUGCGAUGUGCGACUCGCCUUUACAGCUUGACAUCAUUUCCCUCACUACUGAUAAUGCGGGAGACCAUCACCGCGAAGUGUCGCGUUGGCGUCGCGUCUUCACCUGAGCGCUUUCUGAGCCCCUUCAAAGGC